AGGAAGGAAGGAAGGAAGGAAGUAAAGAAGGAAGGAAGGAAGGAAGCCCUCAGGUUGGAAUUCCCUUCGGAAGGGUGAAACGUGAUCUCUCCCAGAGGGGCCGGAGAGGCGGGGAUUCCUUGGCGGUGCCAGAUCCCGAGAGAGAGAGAGAGAGAGGGAGCGCUCGCUCGCUCGCCUUCCCUGCCUUCCUUGCUGCCGCUGCGGCUCGCUCCGACCCUUGCCUCGUCCCCAGCGGACAGAGGAGCCGCGGCGGGGAAGAUGCGCCAGCAGCCGCGGGGCCCACGAGAGCAUCUCUACAAGGUGCUGGUGAUCGGCGACCUGGGCGUGGGCAAGACCAGCGUUAUCAAGCGCUACGUCCACCACCACUUCUCCCCGCACUACCGCGCCACCAUCGGCGUGGACUUCGCCCUCAAAGUCCUCCGCUGGGACUCGGACGCGCUGGUGCGCCUCCAGCUUUGGGAUAUCGCCGGUCAAGAAAGGUUUGGGAACAUGACCCGAGUCUAUUACCGAGACGCCGUGGGAGCUUUUAUCGUCUUCGAUGUUACAAGGCCAGCUACCUUUGAAGCCGUAACCAAGUGGAAGCAGGAUUUGGACACUAAAUUGACUCUCCCUAAUGGCCAGGUGGUGCCAACUGUCCUAUUAGCAAACAAAUGUGAUCAAGACCAAGAGUUACUGGUGAAUAAUGGCUUCAAGAUGGACCAGUUCUGCAAGGACAAUGGUUUUGUGGGAUGGUUCGAAACAUCAGCUAAGGACAACAUCAACAUUGAGGAAGCUGCUCGGUGCUUGGUGAAGCACAUAAUUUCCAGCAACAGUGAACCUGGGCAGCCUAUCAAGCCAGAUGUCAUUAACCUUCACCUGAAUCCCUCCAAACGCCAUCCCUGCUCAGCUUGUUUCAGAACCUAAGCCAUCUCCAAGUUGUUUAUGGACAUUGGAACUGAGCCCAUAAGAACUCAUGAAUAACCCAUGAAGCAGGAUCUCUCCAAUGCAAGGCAGUUGCUCUUGAACAAACAGAAACCAAGAUUAGAAAAUGUGUAUCCUUCCUCAACAUAUGGCUGGGAAGAAAAAAGAAAAAAGCCCAAAUGUUUAAAACAAAUAUUUUUUUAUUAUUAUUCCUUCGAGUAGUUUCUUCGAGAAUCUUAUGCAAAUAGGGGUUAGUACCUGGGUAAUUUAUGUUAAUUAUAUUUGCUCAGCCAAAGUGCUUUCCUUAAAAAACUAAGGUGUCUGAACAUAUUGUUUGUCACUUUCAUGGUGUGAGAGUUAACUCUCUUGAAGAUCAGGGGUGAAAUGCUACCAAUUCGCUCCAAUUCGGGCGAACUGGUAGCGGCGGUGUGUGAUUCGGUGAACCGUCGCGGCGGCAGUGCAAGGCUCCGCCCACCUGCCCGGACAUUGUUACUUCCUGGUUUUAACCAGGAAGUAACCUGUUUUUGACCCUCUGUGCAUGCGCAGAAGACUUUGCGCAUGCGCAGAGGGUCCAAAAUCUAACGUGAAGAUGUGGCGCACACACUUCCGAACCAGUAGGGAAAGUAAGUAGAUUUCAUCCCUGUUAAAGAUGGCUACCUUGAAGAUUUUCUCAUCGUGCAUCUCAGUCCUUGUAAAUCUUGGUUUAAUGGUGUGUUUCCAUGAAUCUCUAACUGGAGAGAAACUGACAUAACCUCAACAUGGUAUAAAGUUAAACCUGACAUUCUUCCUGAACGCAUGUAUUGUAAGCCCUCAAUUUACAACCGUUUGUUUCAUGACCCAUUCAAAGUUACAACGGCACUGAAAAAAGUGACUUAUGACCGCUUUUCAUACUUAGGAUCGUGGUGGCAUCCCCAUGGCCACAUAAUCAAAAUUCAGACAUUUGGGCAUUUUACUUAUAUUUAUGAUAGUUGCAGUGUCCCAGGGUCAUGUAAUCAGCUUUUGAGAUUUUCUGACAAGCAAAGUCAAUGGGGAAGCUUGAUUCAUUUAACAAAUGUGUUACUAACUUAACAACGGAGAUGAUUCACUUAACAACUGUGGCAAGAAAGGCCGUAAAAUGGGACAAAGCUCUCUUCACAAAUAUCUCCCUUACCAACAGAAAUUUUGGGCUCAGUUGCAAUCAUAAGUUGAGGAUUUAGCUAUAUUGAGCCGCGGUGACGCAGUGGUUAGAGUGCAGUACUGCAGGAUGCUUCCGCUGCCUGCCGGCUGCCUGCAAUUUAACAUUUCAGAUCACACCAGGCUCAAGGUUGACUCAGCCUCCCAUCCUUCCGAGGUGGGUAAAAUGAAGAGACAAAUUGUUGGGGGCAAUAGGCUGACUCUGUAAACCACUUAGAGAGGGCUGCAAAGCACUGUGAAGCGGUAUGUAAGUCUAAGUGCUAUUGGGAAGGAAGGGAGGGAGG